UACAUAAAUAUGCAUACAUGCAUACAUUUGUUUUUACACGUACAUUGUGGCAAUCAUUUUAAUUUGUGUUCAUGACAAUGGGUCAUUAAUUUCGAUUCCAGGACAUUAUACCACCACCGACCCAAUGGUCAGUGCAUUAGGGUAAUUGCCAGAGAUUGCUCUGCCCCACUGCAAUUACCAUGGGGAGUCCGGGCCAAGGGACACCUGGCACUGUUUCCAUAGGUUAAUCGAACUCCUCGUCACUUUCAGUUUUCGCAUUUCCCGAUGGCUAAGUCAGUUUUCAGUUGAUCCCGGAUAAUAAAGCUGUCGGUGGAUUUCCUAAUGACCUGCCUAGUCUACGGAUUCGUUGUGCUCUUCAGCCUGGUCAGUCGAUUCCUAAAGUGCUGUCUAGACCUCUGCCACUCGUUAACCGUGUAAGGAGGAGGGCUGUAAGGGUUUGUUGUGCCCGAUAUCACUAAUCUAGCGCAAUAUUUGUUCAACCAGCUGGGAGUGUGAGUUAUGAGUUGUGAGUUUCCCAAACUAAUCGCACCGGCAAUCAAUAAUGGUCGGUCUUAUCGGACUCACACCUUUCGGAAGGGAACUACGACUAUUAGUACAGUGCCUACAGGGUAGUGUUACAGUGUUGUUAUAGAAAAGUAUCAAUUUGUUGCUUCCUUCAACUUGUUGCGUCACUUUAAAAUGCUUAUCUUAAUAUUUUUUUUUACCACCUGUAACACUCAAACUUUAUUGGACUUAAAGCAAUGCCCUGAAAUUGCAGAGAUGAAUAUAGGUAGGGCCUACUGUAGCUGUGGAGUAUUUGGCUUGUUAUCAGGUCAGGUCCGGCACAUUUCGAUGGCUGUUCGAUCGGGUCGGUUGGUUUGUGGGACGCGGGGCGUCCUGCUGUUGCUCCUCGUAGUUUUAGCGGGGACCUUAACGAUCCUCUACAGGGUUGUUCAGUCCCCGCUCCUUAAUCAGUACGGGAUUCUACAGGAUCACUUGGAACAUCAGUUGCUUGGGAAUGCCCGAUCCACCCGAACCAUUCUCCUGUGGAAUGAUUUCUUUGGAGACCCGCGAUGGAAGUUUUCUUGGGACACACUGGGACCGCAGGAACUGCGAGAUGAGUUCCGUUGCCCGGUCUACCAGUGCGAGAUCACCAACCAGCACGAGUUCUUACCCGCGGUCCAGCUCUACGACGCCAUCGUUUUCCAUACGGCGGAGAUGUUUCCGCUCAUACGACAAGUACCCUCGAAUAGGAGUCCUCACCAGGCCUAUGUCUUCGCUUUGAUGGAACCUCCCGGGGAGACCAAACACCGACUGGACGACGAGGGGGACUUUUACAACCUGACCAUGACAUAUCGCCUUGACUCGGAUAUCGUCUGGCCCUACGGCACACUGGUGGACAUCGAUACUGACGCCGUGAUUGCCCCUAGUGUGAGGCCACACUGGAGAAAGCCACCAGAUUCGUUUAACAACUCUGUCAUUUGGAACUUCUGGCCCAAAAAAACAAAGAUGGCCGCGUGGUUUGUUUCCCAUUGUAAAACGCUCUCAAAAAGAGAGAUCUUGGCUGACAGGCUUAAGGAAUUCAUUAAUGUAGACGUUUAUGGAGUUUGCGGGACCCAUAGCUGCGCCCGAGGAGAUCCGCACUGCGACGAUAUGUUGGACUCGGAUUACCUGUUUUACCUGGCCUUCGAGAAUUCGUUGUGCGAUGACUACGUGACGGAAAAGCUCUUCGGCGCCUUGCAGCGAAUUAUAAUACCCGUGGUCUUUGGAGGAGCGGACUACUCGCGCAUCCUGCCCCCGCACUCCUACAUCGAUGCCAAUCGCUUCGAGACGAUAUCGGAUCUGGCCCAGCACAUGAAAUUCGUGGCCGAAGACCCGAAUGAAUAUGUCAGUUACUUUUGGUGGCGAAGACACUACCGCCUGAUCUCCACUUCCCCUUUUUGCGAUCUGUGCGCCCGGCUCCAUGAUCCAGGAUUCAGUCACAAGACGCAGUUCUACGGCGACAUCCAGUCAUGGUGGUUCAACAGUUGUCGCCCGGAAAGCCAGAUCCUUUUGUGAGCUGUGCACGAAAUAGAACAAAUAUGUACCUAGCCAGCCAGUCACAAGAGAUAUGGGCGAUAUGGACUAUGUCGGACCGAACCUACAUACACAUGUUUAUUCAUUCGAAAUUUGUGUGUAAUGUGUACUAGGCCCAUUCCGGCGGAGAUAAGAUACACAGUUUUCGACUUGAUAUUGGGUGCUGACAAACUACGCUUGCCUUUGAUUGGAAAAUGACUCACCUGCCAAUCGGCUUUCUAUCGGUUGACAGUGGAUAAGAGAACUCAAAUCAGGAGAAAAAUGUUCCUCUUUUGAACCAAACUUCAAAAUAUCCUAACUACGACUUCCAGAAGUUUUGAUAUGUCAUACGAGUGCGAUAAGCCGAAAUUGUAAGAUAGUAAAUAAGGCAUAUGUA